UCUAGUCUUUUUAGUUUUGUCGCUGGACGUUAUAUGUGACAAAAGUCAAUUAAAAUAAUUAAAAAAAAAGUCGAAACGAACAUAACUUACAAUGCAGUCACUGCAUAAAACGCUUAUACGGGACUGUGACGUCUCCCAACAUUUCGGCGUCUCUGCUAACGCAACAAACCUAUCCGCCACUGCUAUCAGUAGCAAAACAAACGCGCAGUCGAAUGGAUGGGAGCGGCGCAUAGCGUACACCUCAACCCCCAAAUACAAAGUAAGCGAGCAGCAACAAUUAAAGCAGCGCAACGACGUCGGCAGCAUUGGUUUGCGUAGUUCGCUGAAAGCAGCGCAGAAAAAAUUUAGUGCUGCUUCUGCUGCCGUUAAGUGGCAAGCGCCAAUAAUGGACGCACGUCUAAAGGGUCUUAUACUGUUAUUUGGCAUAGCUAUUAUCGGCUACCAAUUCAUCAAUUUGGCAACGCCCCUCAUCAGCGACAGCGUGUCACAUUUUUGCAGCUGGGUGCAAACUCAGCUAAGCGCUUCUCUGGAAUGGUGUCGGGAACACCAACUGGGCUCCAAGCUGCGCCCACUGUUGUGUGGUUUCCUCGUCAGUGCCUUCUUCUAUGGCAUUGUUUUUAUGGAUAGUGCGGUACCAGGAAUAAAUCCACCUGCUCCCCAUUUCUUCUGGUCUAAGGAGCGCACGGGCAUAAAGCACACGUUGGAUUUAAGCUACAUGAUGGCAAUGGGAUCGGGAGUUAUUGUAACUCUCUUGAUGUAUUUGGAAUUGUAGUAUUUUGUAGCAAGUCCUGUUUAUGUAGCUUGGUUAAACAUCAGUAUUAGUUAUUAAUCCUGUCCAUUUUUUUGUUUAUACACACGUCCCAGGCAGGGCGCCUAUUUAUUUAUUAUUAAUUGUGCAAUGCUCUUAAAGCGAAACCAAAUACAUUUGUACAUAUUCUUAAAUGAAUUGAAAAAUUUAGAAGUUAAAGAAGCUAACUUAAAAUGUCUGAAACUAGAUAAAUGAAAUCUAUGCGGUAACUAAUAUACAUUAUUAAACCUAGAUUAUUAAAUUACAUUCUAAUAUAAUAUAUAUUUAACCUACAUAUAUAUGUGAAAGUACAAAGUGAAAUAUGU